AUGGCCGCCGAUAAGAUUGAGAACCCCGACCAGCUGGUCGUCUCCGACGAUCCAAACCAUCCCGCCAACCUCAUCCCAUCACUCUGCGCCAAAUUCUGGACACUGGGUUGGGUCACUGGCACAGGAGGAGGCUGCUCCAUCCGCGACGAUGAUCUUGUCUAUCUCGCCCCCUCGGGCGUACAGAAGGAGCUCAUGAAGCCCGCCGACAUCUACGUCCUCUCCCUCGCCGCCCAGGAGCCCACCUUCAAGCAGCGUACCUACAUCCGAUCGCCCCCAAUCUACAAGCCCUCUCAGUGCACCCCUCUCUUCCUCGCCGCGUUCACCCGCCGCGGCGCCGGCUGCUGCAUCCACACCCACUCCCAAUGGGCCGUUCUCGUCACCCUGCUCCUCGAGUCCCAGGGCCCCGGCAACGACAAGGUCUUCGAGAUCAACAACAUCGAGCAGAUCAAGGGCUUCGGCAAGGGCAUGAACAAGACGGGAAACCUGGGCUACCAUGACACGCUCCGCAUCCCCGUCAUCGAGAACACGCCCCACGAGGAGGACUUGACCGAGUUCCUCGAGGAGGCUAUGGAGAAGUACCCAGACACCUACGCUGUGCUGGUUAGACGUCACGGCGUCUAUGUCUGGGGCGACAACGUCCACAAGGCCAAGACCCAGUGUGAAAGCUUGGACUACCUUUUCCAGCUUGCUGUAGAGAUGAAGAAGCUUGGAAUCCCAUGGAUCAGCAACGUGACACCAGUUGGGCCACAGCGAUAA